GCGAGUGACGUCACGGCCACUUUAAGACCCCCCUGCCUCCGCCCCGACGCGCACUCGGCCGCCUCCCAACAACUCUCGUCCCUUAGCAGAUUCUGGUCCUCGCCAUGGCCUCCGCUGGGAUGCAGAUCCUGGGCAUCAUCCUGACCAUCCUCGGCUGGGUGAAUGCCUUGGUGUCAUGUGCCCUGCCCAUGUGGAAGGUGACUGCCUUUAUCGGCAGCACCAUCAUGGUGGCCCAGGUGAUGUGGGAGGGGCUGUGGAUGUCCUGUGUGGUGCAGAGUACCGGCCAGAUGCAGUGCAAGGUCUACGACUCCCUGCUGGCCCUGCCCCAAGACCUGCAGGCGGCCCGCGCCCUCAGUGUGGUCUCCCUGCUGGUGGCACUGAUUGGCCUGCUGGUCUAUAUGGCCGGGGCCAAGUGCACUACCUGCGUGGAGGACAAGAACUUCAAGGCUCGCCUGGUGCUCACCUCUGGGAUCAUCUUUGUUGUCUCAGGAAUUCUGAUCCUCAUCCCCAUCUGCUGGACAGCCAACACCAUCAUCCAAAACUUCUACAAUCCCCUGGUGGCCGAGGCCCAGAAGCGGGAGCUGGGGGCCUCCCUCUACCUGGGCUGGGCUGCCUCUGGUCUUUUGUUGUUGGGGGGUGGGCUCCUGUGCUGCACAUGCCCCUCGAGGGGGUCCCGGGGCACCAGCCAUUACAUGGCCCGCUAUACAGCAUCUCCUCCACAAGGUACAUCCCGGGUGCCCUCCGAAUACCCCACCAAGAAUUAUGUCUGAUGAGGAAAAGGGGUGUCUCUCUCUCUUCCCUCCUCCUCCUGUCCCUCCCCACUCCCCAGCUGCAGCCAAAUGAUGGGCAGUGAUACUUGGCAGCGUUGGUCUUUUUGCUCUUCUGGCGUCCUGGGGGGCCUUUCUUGGCAUCAACUUGGAUAACAGAAUCAGAAGAUGCCCCACCCAUCCUGGCCUCUGUUGCUGGUGGUCCUUUCUCACCCUGACAUGACUUGCCUGCACCCACAGCGCUGGAGCUGGGGCUCCGUGUGAAAGACUGAUCUCCGGCACCAGGAUGGUGUGCCCCCAAGAGGAGCUCCUGUCACUGUCACCUCCAUUACCCCUGC